UGACAACUGAAUUUCCAGAAAAAUAGUUGGCAAAUUUAUUGUCAAUUAUCAAGUAAUCCGUUUUUUUGAAGAGGACUGUAAAUUUGUAACAGCUUUCAUUAGCAAAAAGUGUUAUUUUUACAUAUGCGAAAACUUAAGGUGUAGGGAGUGCUGAGACGAAUUAUCGAAAAUUAUUAGUGCCGGCGUCACCAUGUCGGACGAGAGUCACCCAAAAACACUUUACGUAGGUAAUCUAGACGUGUCAGUGUCCGAGGACCUGUUGUGUACGCUGUUCUCGCAAAUAGGUCCAGUGAAAGGUUGUAAAAUAAUCAGAGAGCCGGGAAACGAUCCAUAUGCUUUCGUCGAAUUCACGAACCACCAGUCCGCCUCAACAGCCCUAGCCGCUAUGAAUAAGCGAUUGUUUUUAGAUAAAGAAAUGAAAGUGAAUUGGGCCACCAGUCCCGGCAACCAACCAAAGCAGGACACUUCUAAUCACCAUCACAUCUUCGUCGGCGACUUAUCCCCCGAAAUCGAGACUGAAACACUGCGAGAGGCCUUCGCUCCCUUCGGGGAGAUAUCCAAUUGCCGGAUCGUCCGCGAUCCGCAGACCCUCAAAUCCAAAGGCUACGCCUUCGUGUCGUUCGUUAAGAAGGCCGAGGCUGAAAACGCCAUACAAUCGAUGAACGGCCAGUGGCUCGGCUCGAGGUCCAUCCGCACCAACUGGUCCACCAGGAAGCCGCCGCCGCCGCGGACGGAGAAGCCCGCCCUCAGGCAGAAGCAGCCCGCCUUCGAGGAGAUAUACAAUCAAACGUCUCCGACUAACACUACCGUUUACUGCGGUGGCUUCGCGAGCGGCCUCACCGACGAUCUGGUGCACAAGACGUUUGCACCGUUCGGGGCUAUCCAGGAUAUUCGAGUUUUCAAAGACAAGGGUUAUGCGUUUAUAAAAUUCAUGUCGAAGGAGAGUGCGACGCAUGCUAUCGAGAACGUUCACAAUACUGAGGUCAACGGCCAUACCGUUAAAUGCUUUUGGGGCAAGGAGAACGGAGGGUUCGGUCCCGAUUCCGGGGCUAUGCAGCCCGGCGCUGUUUCUCAAACGGCUGCUACGCCUUAUUCGUACGGUUACGGAGGAUAUUGGUACCCACAGGGCUACACUGGAGGAAGUGGAUACAUGCAGGGAUACCAAUCGUACCAGCAAUAUCAGCAAUAUCCCGGCGGCCAGCAAUACAGCGUCAUGCCCCAGCAAGUCCAGUGGACUGGACAGCCGGGCCAGCAGCCCAACGUGCCAGUAAUGUACGGUAACGUUCAGAAGUACCCAUCUCAGUGAAACGUUGCAGACAGUUUUUUUGUGGUUAAAAUUCCGGCUGCAAGAUGUUCCAUUGCGAACGGUGCGGAUGGCUUUGCGGCUUGUGAGCAAAGGACGUUUAAUAAAUAAAUUAACUAUAAAUAUAGAUUUUAAAUUAAGGAAUAUGAACCGUAACAAUAGAUAUUUUAGCGAAUAAAAGUUAAAAUUUGAAAGGGAUUCAGUUUUUCGUGGUGGACUAAUUGGUUUAAGGUGCGAGUCAUUUUCUCGAGUGACACGGAUAAGAGGAAUUUUUAAUUUAUCAAAAAGUUUUACUUGAUAAAAAGUUCUACUUUAUUAUAAUAAUAAAUGUUGUUUCUUUAGUAGGUUUGAUCUAUAUUUUAUCCAUUUUUAUUGGAACGUUUGGAUUUACAAUUUUAACAAAAGUCUUUAUGGAGUUUGCUAUAAAUAUCGAAAAUAUUGAUUGAAAAAUUCUUAUAAAUAUUUAAAUAAACGUUAUUACUUAUUAGAUGAAAUUAUCUUCAAUAAUCCAUAUUAUAGCAAAAUAAGAAAUUAACCUUUACAAAUUACUGAAAGGCCUAAUAUAUCACAAAAAAAUUGGAAAAAUUUUGAAACACAUUCUAGAGCAAAGAAAAUUGUUUGAAAAACUACAUAAAGUAGGCUUUUUAUCAAAAUAUACUUUUUUUAACAUAAAUAAUAAAAUCCCGAAUCCCGAGGACAAGCUGUACAAAAAAUUAUUCGUUAUUUUUGUGUUAUCUGCAUGCCCACGAUACAAUCAUUAUUAAAAUAAAUAAAUAAUUGCGAUAAACUGGAUUCUUCGUAAUGUCAGUAUUGAAUCGAUUCAAUUUAGGGCUUUGUUCUACUUAUUUUAUUACCGAUUUCAGAUUCAUGUUUUCGAAUUGUUAAGUGGAUUCCUACCACAGUGGGUAAAUUAAAUCGGCAUCUAUAUUUAAUAAAUAAUACUUAAAUAUCACAGGUAAAGCAGCAUUUUUAUAUCUCUUGCAUUUCUUUAAAAUUAGUAAAAUUUGUGACAUUGCGCAAUUUAAUUUUCUCAUCACCAUACAAAGUGAAAAUGAGUACUUAUUAAUGUUGAUUUCUUUUUAAUAAUACAGGCUUAUUUGUGGUAUAACAAUUAAUAGCGCAAUUUGUGAAAAUUUUGGAAUAAUAUUUAAUAUAUAAAAAAAUAUUCUUGCAAAAUUUAAAAAAAUGACUUGAUAAGGAGUAUCAAUAUACCGUCAAUAAUCCUGUGUGUGAUAAUCAACUGUGUAUAGAGGCGUAAAUAAGUUUUUUAUGAGUCUCCAAACGAAUCAUAAGUAAUAUUGAACGGGAAUAGCAUUUUUUGCUGCACUAUAGCAAACCUAGUUUGUACCACUAUGGUUAAGAUUAAGCUCUCUCGAUAGUAGAACUGAUUAUUCUUUGCAAUGUAAAUCAUUCUACUUUUCAUCUCAUUCGGUACUAUGUAUUCACACAUAGACUUGAGACACCCUGUAUAUAGGGUGUUCAUAGUAUACAUGAUUUACAUGCACCGUAAUAACUACUAUAUCAAUGAAACUUUCUUUUGUUAUACAAAACAUUCCAAUUUAGGUGACUGAUAUUGUUCUUGUAAGUGUAUGAUUGGUCAUAUUUUUGUAACAAUCGCGAAUUUUCACAGGCCACGUUGAUACAAUAUACAAAGUGUCUGCGAAUGUACUGCAUUAUUUCAAGCUACCUUGCACAGAAUAAAAUUAAUUUCCCACUUUAAUUUGCCUGGAGAAUUAUUUUAUGUAGCGCACCCGAACAAAAAUUGUGUAUAUACUGUAACAAAUAUCUUCCAAUUAAUUAUACACGAUCAUUAGCGUUGCACGUGUGGGUUCGUAAGUUCUUUUAUGCAAUCUUUAGACCUUAUGCAAGAGUAUUAUUAAAUCCUUUAAAAACUAACUUUGAUAAGAACUUUAUGUUGAGACAAUCUUAUAAGAAAAGCUAAUUUUGAAUUACAAGUUAUGGAUACCCUUUAUGAAAUAUAGCACUUUUCUGAUGGACAAAAGUUGCAGACGAUAAGAUUUAAAGUAAACUUUAUGACUAAGGUAAAAAUUAAGUAUUCAUAUGACAAUAAAUAUUGAGACAUGACCAAUUGAUUUGUAGUUUGAAUGCGUAUUAUAUUGUUGCUAAAAAAUCUGAGUACUGUUCGUGUAUGAAAUCGUAUUUCUAGAGCUUUUGAAUUUUAUAAAUUGCUAUUAGAUUUUUUGGUAAUAAUGCGUACAAUGUGAAUGUAAAUAAAUUCCUUACUAGAUUUAAUAAAAUAGCAAUAUGCAGAAAUGAUGGAGAAUUAUGAACCGUUUAUUUCUAAUAUGUAGAAAGAAAAUAUUUAAAUGAUCAGCAAUAUUCGGAAGGAAUCAUUAAAAAUAACAAUUAACAUUAUACAAUUACUUAAAGAAAAAAAUACAAAAAAUAACUGAAAUUUGCUUUCAUUAUGUAAAACCAACGAAUCAAGAGGAUUUGCAAGUGAAUUCUUCUAUACAGGCUUAUUUUACCAAUGCUUUUAAUAUUAACUAGCAUUUUCCCUCUAUGAGGAUUUUAUUUAUUUUCUAGUAAGAGUAAAUGUUUUUUAUACUAAUAUAAUAAAAGAGAGUUAAUAUCUUAGCCAACAAAUAUUGUACAUACUUUAAUUAAUUGGAACUUAUAACAGGUUCCCCCGUAUUAUUACGUUAUAUUUUGUUGGUUCAUAUUCCAGUUACAAUUGACCUUAUUAUAGAAUUAGUCUGGUUUGCCGUGUUCUAUUGGUUAAUGUACAUAGGUAUACAUAUUAUUAUAUUAUACAUAUUCUUUUUUUAUCGAAAUAGUUAAAAUUUUCCCGAAGUAAAUGUUUAGAAUAGAAACUGUCACGAAUUAAAGAAUUCACAGUUGUCAAUCCCUGUAUCGCCACAUCUUUGAUUUCUCUUUAUGAUGUACAUACUGAAGUUUAAGUGGGAAAUAAAAAAUAAGUUAUGAUUAA